AUGGCGGCGUCCCUGGGCGCCCAGGGCGACGCCAGCCUGGGGGCGGCCCUGCUGUCGGUGCCAGCCGCGGCGGCACCUGGCGGGCCGUGGGUGCUGCGCAGUGCUGGGUCGCUGGCGGUGAGCGACCCCUGGCGGAAGCCGCGGGCCCCCCCCACGCCGACGAAGCAGGAUCAAAAGGUCACCUUCAAGGCCGUUCGGAAGCAAACGUUGCACGGCGAGCUCGGCACCGGGAACAAGAUCAGCAGCGUGGUCCAGUACCCGAUCUCCACCAGGGACCCAGGCAACAUGUGCGCGGGCCGGCUCCCGAACCACAUCAGCGCCGAGGACCGGCGGAUCCUGCGCGUCCGCGUCAAGCACGCCCUGCGGGACCUCCGCGGCUCCGAGGCCUACGCGAGCAGCGUGUACAACGUCGAGGACCAACUGCUGCGGGGGUUCGCCAAGACCCCGGAGUUCCUGAACCAGUUCUACUCGAACGAGGCCUUCGCCGACCGUCUGCUGCGAGAGGCGGCCAGCGCCGCUGUGCCGGCGCCACCAGGCGUUUCCGGCACCUUGCGGGGUUCGGGCAGCGCGCCCUCGCUGCCGACCACGGGCACGGGCAAGGUCAGAAGCUACGCCAACUACACCCUCCCCGGACACUACCUCCUCCCCGAGGGGGAGGUCGACACGCGCGAGCAGAAGGUCGGCAAGGCGGCCGCCAAGGUCGUCGCGAGGGUGGCGGAGAGGACGGCCCUGGCAACGCUGGCGCUGCCCGCUUGA